AUGCGCAAUUCAAAUGACUUUAUAACAUUGAGUAGUCGAUAUAAUCUCGAACAAGGAAUUCGAUCGAUAGUUGCAUUGAAAAUAUUUGUGAAUAUAAAUACAUUUGUAUUCGCAUUUUUAUCGAUCGCUGGGACAACUUUACAUUUUAACUCUUCUCGAUUUUCCAAGCCCAAUUAUUUUGCACUAGUUGAGAGUGAGUUUUCAUUUGUGAAUAAAGUAAACAUUUGUGUUCUUCAGUGAUUCAAAAUUUUCCAACCUAUGGAAUUUUUCUAUCAAUUUAUCUUUUUUUGACUUUGAGACGACUUGAUAAAACAUCUCGAGUUUCACUAACUCUAAGUAUUCAGGCAAAUCCAAAUCAAUAUUUUGAGAUCUUUAAUAAACAAUUAAAAUGA